AUGGCCCCUGCAGCGGCGUCGGGUGGCAGCAACCUGCCCAGAGACUUCGCGGUCCUCACAACCUUCCCCGACCUGCUCUUCAUCUUCGAGUUUGUCUUCGGUGGCCUGGUAUGGAUCCUGAUAGCCUCGUCCCUGGUGCCUAUCCCCUUGAUCCAGGGCUGGGUGAUGUUCGUGUCUGUGUUCUGCUUCGUGGCCACCACUGUGCUCCUCAUCCUGUACAUGAUUGGUGCCCAUGGCGGGGAGUCUUCUUGGGUUACCCUGGAUGCAGCCUACCACUCUGUUGCUGCCCUGUUUUACCUCAGUGCCUCAGUCCUGGAAGCCUUGGCCACCAUCACAAUGCAAGAAGGCUUCACCUAUAAACAGUACCACGAAAACAUCUCUGCUGUGGUGUUUUCAUACGUAGCCACUCUGCUGUACGUGACCCAUGCAGUAUUUUCUUUAAUCAGAUGGAAGUCUUCGUAA